AUGGAAUUGGAUAGAGACAAGAAAACAUUUGCAUAUUUCUGGUUGUUCGGACUUAUCAAUAAUAUAUUAUAUGUGGUUAUUUUAUCAGCGGCUUCAGAUAUCAUUGGGCCCAGCCUCCCGAAAUCAAUUGUGUUAUUGUUUGAUAUAAUGCCUUCCUUUUUAAUUAAACUAUCGGCACCGUUUUUCGUUCAUAGCAUUCAUUAUGAUAAAAGAAUUCCAAUCUUGAUUUUAUUGUCAAUGUUGGGAAUUAUUUUGGUGUCAACGCGAUCUUUAUGGUUAUGUUUGCCAGGUAUUGUCUUGGCUUCGUUGUCUUCAGGAUUCGGAGAAAUCACGUUCUUACAAUUGACCCAUUUCUUUGGUUCUAAAUCACUUACUGGCUGGAGUAGUGGCACCGGGGGAGCCGGAAUCGUCGGUUCAUUUUCGUAUUUACUUUUAACGACUGUCUUUAGACUAAACAUUCAGCUAUCUCUCCUGCUAUACGCUGCUUUGCCAUUGAUUUUCUUGUUAUACUACAAAAUCAACGAUUCAAUAGUAUCAUCGCAAGUUUAUCAAAGCCUGGAUAUGCCUAUUGACUCAUCCGAUGGGCCUAUCGAAUUGCUUAAAUCAAAUGGGUGGGUGGAUAUAGUGAAGAGGCUUUCGAAACUUGUGAUUCCAUAUAUGAUUCCAUUAUCAACAGUUUACCUCUUCGAGUAUUUGAUCAAUCAGGGAGUCGCGCCAACGCUUCUAUUCCCAAUAGAUACUACACCUUUCGUUAAAUACAGAGAUAUUUAUGUGACUUAUGGUACCCUUUAUCAACUGGGGGUGUUUAUUUCAAGAACCUGGGGCCAUAAGUUGCCAGUGAAGAACCUGUACCUCUUUUCAGUGCUGCAAUUGAUCAAUCUUCUUAUAACACUAUCACAAUCUUAUUACUACUGGACUGAUUCGAUUUCUUGGAUCAUGGUGUUGAUUUUUUAUGAAGGUUUAAUUGGAGGUUCUUCUUACGUGAACUGUUUCAUGAAUAUAUUGAAAGAUGUCGAUCCAAAUGAAAGGGAAUUUGUUCUUGGAUCCGUUUCAAUUUCAGAUUCAUUAGGAACAUUAAUUGCAGCAUUUUUGGGUAUAAUUCUCGAACCUUCUCUAUGCAAACAUCAAAUUGGCACCGGUAGACCAUGGUGCCGUAUGGAGUAA